UCUUCUCUUCUCUCUUAACUUUCUGUCUGGGGAAUCACUUGCGGAUUAUCGAACCAAUUGUGCUGACAGGGAGUCAAAAGGUUUUUGCUGUGCUGUUUACAACUGCUCGAGAUAUUUCCAAUAAGUGGCAACACAACUGCUGAUGGCACUGUGGCACCAGCUACAGCAGCUGGAUUCAAGAUAUCUGGAGCAGGUGGAUCAGCUGUACGACGACACCUUUCCCAUGGAAAUUCGUCAGUACCUCAGCCAGUGGAUCGAAAGCCACGACUGGGACACCGUGGCUUCUAACGAGUCUCUAGCCAAAGUCCGUUUUCACGACCUGCUGUCGAAGCUGGACGAGCACCACGGUCGGCUCAAUAUGGGAGACAACUUCCUGCUUCAGCACAACAUCCGCAAGAUACGACGCAACCUCCAGGAGCACUUUCAGGAAUACCCAACACACAUGGCCAUGAUUAUAUCCAACUUCCUAAACAAGGAGAGAACAAUCCUGGCAUCAGCCAACAGUACACAGGAGAACUCAGGAGCAUCACAGAGUAACGGUAUGAUGGAAAAGCAUCGUCAGCUCGACAACAAGGUGAACGAGCUGAAGAAGAAAGUGCAGGAAGCAGAACAGCAGAUCCAGUCUCUGGAGGACCUACAAGACGAGCAUGACUUUAAGAGGAAAACGUUACAGAGUAGAAUGGAGUUUGAUUUAAAUGCACAGACGAUGAAAGAGAUCCAGCGGGAGGAGAUGGUGAUCAGGGAGAUGUUCCACAGGCUAAACAAGGCCAGAGAGGUGGUAGUGAUCGAGCUGGUGAGUGCGCUGAAGUUGGCGGAUCAGAUCCAGUUCACGCUGGUAUCAGAGGAGAUUCCCGAGUGGAAGCAGAGGCAGCAGAUGGUGUGUAUCGGCGGCCCACCCAACGCCUGCCUGGAUCAGUUACAGAACUGGUUCACGUCCGUGGCCGAGUGUCUGCAGCAGAUCCGGCAGCAGCUGAACACCCUGCAGGAGCUGGUGGUAAAAUUCAACCUCGACAACAAUCCCGUCUCGUUAGACCUGAGCUCGGUGCUGGAGCAGGCGCUCUCCAUCUUCAAGAACCUUCUCGUCAAUUCUGUUGUGGUGGAGAGGCAGCCGUGCAUGCCCAUGCAUCCCCAGAGACCCUUGGUGCUGAAGACUAGUGUUCAGUUCACCGUCAAACUCAGGUUGCUGGUCAAGUUACCAGAGUUGAAUUGCCAGCUUAAAGUCCAGGCCUCGUUCGACAAGGAUGUAGCAGAGGCUCCCCGGGGGUUCCGUAGGUUUAAUAUUUUGGGAACCACCACUAAGGUCCUGAACAUGGAGGAAUCGAACGGCUGCCUGGCUGCUGAGUUCAGACACCUGCAACUGAAAGAACAGAGACCAGCUGGAAGUAGAGUGAAUGAGUCUCCACUGCUUAUCAUGGAAGAACUUCACUCCAUCAGCUUUGAAACUCAUCUCAAUCAGCCUGGACUCUCUGUCCACAUCAAGACCACCUCCCUUCCUGUAGUGGUCAUCUCUCAUAUCAACCAGAUGCCGAGUGCCUGGGCCUCCAUCCUCUGGUUUAACAUGCUGUGUACUGAGUACCAGAAUCUUGGGUUCUUCCUGAAUCCUCCUCCGGUGAAGUGGGGCGAGCUGGUGAAGGUUCUGAGCUGGCAGUUUUCCUCCAUCACUAAGAGAGGCCUGAACGCCGAGCAGCUCAACAUGCUCGCCGACAAACUGCUGGGUCCUGACGCUCGAGGAAACCCAGACGAGCUCAUCUACUGGAAUAAAUUCAGUCGGGGUGCAGCCAAUGAGAGAGUUCCCUUCUGGCUCUGGAUCGAUGGAAUCCUGGACCUCAUUAAACGCUGUCUGCUUAAUAUCUGGAACGAUGGAUAUAUAAUCGGAUUUAUUAAUAAAGAGAACGAGAGGGCUUUGUUACAAGACAAGCGUCCAGGUACUUUCCUCCUGCGCUUCAGCGAGACGUGUAAGGAUGGAGGCAUCACCAUCACAUGGGUGGAGGAGUCCCAGAACGGUGAACCCGUGACGCACUCCGUGAAGCCCUACACCAAAACAGACCUGGUAAGCCUUUCCUUCCCCGACGUGAUCCGCAAAUACACACUAAUGGCUGCUGAGAAUAUUCCGGAAAGCCCUCUGCUCUACCUGUAUCCGGACAUCCCUAAAGACGCGGCCUUCGGACGCUACUACAGCAGCCCGACUGACGCUAGUGAAGACAUGGAAGUGGAAGUGGUCGGUUCCUACCUGAACAGACACAUGAUCCCCAUGUCAGAAGUUCCAGGCGCCAGACUGCAGGACAACAUGCUGCCCCUGAGUCCGAAAGCUUUCGGAGAGCUCCAGCACAUGAACAAAAACAACGGGAUGGAGGAACUGUGUGACGUUGGGCCAAACUAACUCUCAUCAUCCACACUGAUCUGAGAACCACACCAGCAAACCUUUCAUCAUCCAUCAGCCUUACAGGAGACUUCAGAAUCAAACGUUCCUCUUUAUCAUUCAUCAUUCAUCUGCCUUAAACCUCGAACCGUGGAUCCUGAGCGUCAGGAUGGUGGUGGUGGAGAUUAACAUUUUCAUUCAUGUAAAGGACAUUUUUU